UUAAUUUAUCUGCGUAGUCGGUAGUUGGCGGCUCCGCUGAACUGGUAUUUUGGAACUUCCCCGUUUGAGAAAAUUGGAAGCGCACCGAGCUGGGAAGACGAUGGAUCCGCUGCGGUCUGCCCUGAACAUCGGGAACGCGGAGGACACGUCGCUCGCGCUGCCCUCCGACAACAAGCUGCGCUCGGGACAGCAGCGCGUGCUCGAGCAGGUGGACACCAUCAAGAGGAGCAAAUCCAAGCACGGCAAGAACGGCGGCUCCCUGUCCCCUCCAGCCACAAGUCAGACUCAGCAGAAUUCAGUAUUUGCAGAGUUUGGAUCAUUCAAGUUUUCACCCUCCAAAGCAAAGGACGAAUUUGGCCGUAGUAAAUCCAUGAUAUCAACAGGCAUCAACAAAAAGGACAUGCAGGUGGUUGGUGUGGCAAAGGAAGAUGCUGAGGACAGGAUUCAGAAGAGUCGCACUCUGUCUGCGAAAGCCAUGGGAAGAAGAUAUGUCAGCUCUUCAAGCGCAUGGGAACACAUGAACACUUCUAACUGGCCCUAUCGUUCCAACGGCUUAAAACCAAGUCGCAGCGACCCAGCCUUGGCUCCUCCUUUUUCUGUUCCCACUGUAUAUGGAUCUGCACCUUUUAUGAAAGCCAAAGGCCAUGUUGUCCAGAACCAGCAGACCAGCCAGUCUCGAAUAAAUAGGCAGAGUAUCUACACAGUGACAAAUGGCAACAGUCAGACACACGUUUGGCCGCAAUCACCUCAAACUGACAGCAAGGCUGCUGCUGUCAAAACAACUAAGACAGAGCAGCAAUCAGCGGUAACCAGUGUGGCAAACAUGUCAGACUUAAAUCUGAAGGAGGCUGUGGAGUUUCUGUCUCAUGCUGAUGAGAAUUACCAACAGUGUGGAGCGACCUUCAUCCAAAACACCACCUUCAAAGAGGACAGUGCCAAACAGGAAGUGUUGCAGCUAAGAGGGAUUCCACUUCUGGUGUCCCUGCUGCAGAGCUCCAACCCUGGAGUAAGCCAGAGUGCUGCUGGGGCACUGAGGAACCUAGUGUUCAAGGACCACAACAAUAAACUGGAGGUUCAGCGUUUGUGGCGUAUAGCUAGCCUACAGCUACUGAAGGAGACAGAUUCUACUGAGACUCAGAAACAAAUUACAGGCCUGCUGUGGAAUCUAUCCUCUGCUGAUGAGCUGAAGGGGGACCUAAUAACAUCUGCACUGCCGGCUCUUACUGAGAAUGUGGUGGUGCCAUUCACCUGCUGGUCAGACAGUAGUGUUUGUAACAUCCACCCUGAUGUGUUCUACAGUGCCACUGGGUGUUUGCGGAACCUGAGCUGCGCCAACAAGAAGGAGAGGGAGGCAAUGAGAGACUGCAGAGGUCUUAUCGAUUCCCUCAUGAGUUACAUCCAGGGCUGUGUGGCUGAGGACAACCCUGAUGAUAAGUCUGUGGAGAACUGUGCAUGCAUCCUUCAUAACUUAACCUACCAGCUGGAGGCAGAGUCUCCUGAGUGCUUUGAAAAGUAUACCCCUCAAACCGAGGCCCAUCCUGACAACAUGAAAAAUCCUUCUGUUGGCUGUUUCAGUCCCAAGAGCACCAAGGCUCAAAAACAGUUUGCAUUUGAUGCACUUCGGGGAAUUCCUGAAGAUGGUACCCCAUCAGGCAGGAAGUGGUUGUGCCAUCCCAAAGCUAUGCAGACCUACCUGUCGCUGCUCGGCUCUUCCCAAAAAGAUGCCACGCUUGAAGCCUGCUGCGGUGCUCUGCAGAAUCUCACUGCCAGCAAAGGAUUGGGAUCGAAUGCCAUGAGUCAAAUUCUGACUCAGAGGCUGGGUGCCCUGCACUGCCUGGUCCCUCUGUUACAGUCUCCUAAUCCCAGCCUACAGAAGACCGCCAUGUCCCUGAUGGGUAACCUAUCUCGGUCCAACAGUGUGCAGGCUUCCAUGGCAAAGCAGGUUUUGCCGAGUCUCACCAAUCUGCUCUCGUCUGGUGCCAAGGAGAUGGGAAAGUCUGAUGACUCUAUAGCAGCUGCUUGCAACACAGUAAGAAGUCUGAUAUCGGCUGACCCCGAAUUCAGCAAGAAAGUGAUUAACAAGGAACUGGUGUCAUCACUAGUUGAACUCAGCCAGAAUAGGUCUUUCCCCAAAGGCAGCAAAGCAGCUUCACUGCUGCUCCACAGCUUAUGGACUGAGAAGAGCUUGCAAGGUGUCCUGAAAAAGCUGGGGAUGGGCAAGUCCCUUUUUAUAAAUGACACCACCACUGCAGUGCACAAGUCAGUGCAAGUCAUUGAAUGAGCACAAAAGACGAGCGAUGAAACUGUGGAGGUGGACAGAUGGAAGCCAGCAUUUUUAGACACCGCUGUGGCCACACCCUUCCAGCAAAGAGAGUAAAAACCACAUUCUUUUUGCAAUAAUCUUGUGUGAAAGCGCCUGUCACUUGUGAGGAAACCAUAUGAUGUAAAUACAACAGAAAAAAAAUGAUCUUUUAAUGUUUCAUUUAAUCUGGAGGUAUUGUAUGUAUUUCAUUUUGGUAUGUUUUUGUCUGUAGAUAAAUGGUGAGUGUUUGUGUACUUUUUCUGAAGUCUUCUUAUGGUCCGAGAGACACGGCGUACACGGACAAAGAUAUGUUCAGUAAAGUGUUACUAUGCAAACACUGAUUAUUCAGAUUAAUCACAUUAUUGACACAUGCGUGCCAAUGAAGUGGCUUCAACCAAACACAUCUGUGGCCUCGAGGACUAAUGCAUGUCGGUUAAAGAAUAUGCAAUGUGAAACUUUAUUGGUGGAGGUUAGGAGGGUGUAAGGCCAAGAGUCAGUCAUGGCUUGACACAUUAGAUGCCAAAAAGUGUAAAGUUAUAAAACAGAUACAAAACAUACAUGCAUUAAAUAAAUAAAUAAAAACAAAACACAGCUCUUUUGUCAGGUGAAACGCAUGCCUCCAAAUCGCUUUUUCAACAGGACUAAAGUAUAAGAUUGAAAAUAACAUUUUAAAACAUUUUUAUUUUAGUUGACUUACUUAAAAAUACUGCAGGUUUUGAAUAUGCUACAAUAUAAAAGAUUAACAGUUGAUGUCAGAGCACACACACAGUUGGAUUUGCACUUGCUCUACUUUGAAAACAAAGAAAUUAUAUAUUUCCAAUGUCUGUACUUUAUUGGAACUGUAUUGUUACUUUGUCAUGUAACCCACUUUUUACAAACAAGUUUUGACAGUAGCAAUAAAUCAUGUCUAAG